AUGAAGGAGUACCGCGACGUCGUAGUAAAGUUGUUUGCGAGAGGUGAGCGACCCGGCGACAUAUUCCGUCGGUUGAAAUCACACGGGGUGAAGCGGGAUUUCAUCUAUUACACCAUCCGUCGGUACCGGGAGACGGGCUCGACCAAGGACCGUGUGAAAUCCGGGCGGCCGCGUUCGGCGAGAACGCCAGCAGCCAUCAAGGUGGUGAGGGAGCGGAUUCGUAGAAAUAUGAACCGCUCGAUCCGGAAGACCGAUGCUGACCUGAAUGUGUCGAUCAGGACUGCUCACAACAUCAUGACGAAGGACCUGGGAUACAAGCCUUACAAGAAACGCAAGGUCCACGGGCUAACGGAGGCUACAACGAAAAAGAGGCUGGACAGAAGCAAACUGAUACUUUCGCGGCACGCAGUUCAGGAGUUUGUGUUUUCUGACGAGAAACUUUUUGUCUUGCAACAGCCACACAAUGCCCAAAAUGAUCGACUGUGGGCGCCGACGCUGGCCAGCAUCCCUCCGUCCCAGAUAAACAUCCCACGGUUCCAGAGCGCCGCUUCUGUGAUGGUUUGGGGGGCCGUAUCCAGGCGUGGGAAGCUCCCACUGGUGUUUAUCGAGAAAAACGUGAAAAUCAACGCCGCGUAUUAUAAGACCGAGGUUCUGGAGAAGGUUGUGGCCCCGGCUCUUCGGGGCCUCUACGGGAACGACCAUUACGUCUUUCAACAGGACGGCGCACCGGCCCACACGGCAAAUAUCGUCCAAGCAUGGUGUCGGGAGAACUUGACCGAUUUUCUCGAUAAGACUUUGUGGCCUCCCAGUUCGCCGGACCUUAAUCCCCUGGACUUUUAUGUAUGGUCGUACAUGCUGGCCAAGCAGAGUGAACAUCGAAUCUCGCCCCCCUCCCCCUCAACCAAACAACAAAACCGACUAACUAACGCGAGUGGGUUGUUCUUUUUUCUCUCUCCCUCUCUUCCACAGGACCGGCACGUGAAAAAGAACAGCGACGGCAAACCGGUGGUCGAUUCGUCCCAGGACUAUGUGCUCCUGCUGGGCUACGAGAAUCAAACCCACACGGUGCUGCGGUUCAAGCGGAAGUUGGACACCUGUGACGUGGCGUACGAUGUGCCGAUAACGAACGACACCAUGCGGGUGAUCUACAUGUACCACGACGAGGAGCCCCGCGGGUCCCAGUACGCCCCCGGCAGCCUGCCGGAUCCAGCCGAGGCGUUCAAGCAGGCACGUUCCCUCUUCCUGACGCAACGGGUCAAUCAGUCGCCAAUCAAGCUCGACGCCCGGAUGAAGAUCAUGGAGCUGCGCAAUCAGGACGUGGAGUUGCCCUCCGAGGGCUACACCCUGCACUGGUGCAAGGUGUUCAAGCUGAGCGACAUCAAUCGCAAACAUCAUCUGAUUAGGUAUGAACCGGUGUUCGAUUCGGCCUCGAGCGUGCCCUUCCUGAACCACAUCAUCCUGCACGAAUGUCAAGGAUCGUCACCGGAUCUGGAAAUUCUGUCCCGCGAUGCGGGCCGUGCCUGCUACAAGGUGGACCGCGAAAUACUGACCUGCAAUUCGAUUGCCGCCGCGUGGACCCGUGGAUCGGAGGGUUUUUCAUUUCCCGCCGAGGUCGGUUACCCGAUGGAUUCGAACCAGGCCCGGUUCUUCCUAAUGGAGACACACUAUAGUAACCCAACAGAGGAGCUUUCUACGGUGAAAUCCAAACUGAUGGUCGACAGCUCGGGUCUCAAGAUCUACUACACCAGUUCGCUGAGAAGUCAGGAUGCUGGAGUUUUAUCCAUUGGCAUGGAUCCCAGCUGGAGGCACAUCAUUCCUCCCGGGCAGGAGCACGUGCUAUCCGAGGGGCACUGUGUAGGAGAGUGCACCCGGAAGGCGUUCCCACGGGAUGGAAUCAAUGUGUUUGCCGUAAUGAUGAAGACACAUCAGAUCGGUCGGCAGAUCAAGCUGAGGCAGAUUCGCUACCGCGAGGAACUAAUGCCCAUUGCUCACGACAAGAGCAUCGAUUACAACUAUCAAGAAUACAGAAGACUGGACUCUCCGGUUAAGGUUCUGCCCGGAGAUAGACUGAUUGCCGAGUGUAUCUACGACAGCUCCAAAAGGGCAGCAAUCACACUCGGAGGGUUAACAGCCCGCGAGGAAACUUGUCUCGUUUUAACGCUAUAUUACCCGCGACAAAAAGAGCUAACAACCUGCCACUCGUUGCCGAGCCUCCCUACGGUGCUCCACUCGCUCGGAAUCGACACGCUGGUUCCCGGCUCCAACCCGGUGCGGAUUGGCCUACCGAUGGAACUCGCCGGCAUGACUCUCGAGACGCGCCUCAUCUCGUACGACUGGCAGAACAACUUCAAAAGUUUCCAGCUAGCAACCCGGAAAGGAUCCUUCAAGCCACUCUGCUGGAGUGCGAAAAAUCACCCGCUUCCGGGCACCGAAAGCCUGGAAGGCUACCCGCCAAACAUCACCAAAUCCUACAAAGUACCACGGUCCUGCAGCUUCCUUCGCAGCCCGCUGAGCGGCACCAAUCCCAGUCUUGGCAACGUAUCGUUCCAGAACCGGAACCGCUACCUUACGGAAGCGGAAUCCAAAGCAGCAGACAGCAACAAGGCGGGUCGACACUAUCCACCGGCAGCGGAUGACAUCGAGUUGACGGAUGACGACGACGACGAAAAUUCCAUCGAUCAGGAUGGGAACAACGUGAUAGAGGGUGCCGCUCGGAGUAAAGUUUCCCGCAGCUCCGUUACCGAACUGAUGGGUUUGAGCGGUGGAUCCAAGCUGACGGGUGCUCUGCUGCUCCGGUCGCAGAUGAUGGUGGCGUACUUGCUGUUCAUUAUCUUUCUGAACUCGUUCCGGAUAGCGGCGGCGUAAGGUGGAGGAAAAUGCAAGGUUUUUUUUUCGAUGGGCUGUCCGGAAGGGAUUGACCGCGUGGGAAGAGGUUAGAACCGUUUAACGAUAAGUAGGCAACAAAUUGCACAGGAUCUCCAAUGAAGAUGCGUACUGAGGGGUGAGGAGGGACUGCGAUGCAAACGAAAAAGGUCGUGAACCAUGUAAAUUGAUCACAGAAAAGUGGAAAGGAACGAAAACUUAUUUUAAAAAUGGAGAAAUUGUCUUCGAAACUUCCUUGUUUCUGAUUGUUUUCUGUUUCCUGUUGAAAGGAAGAGUCCAUAAUUUUUCGAAGUUCACUCUCUCUUACAACCGAAGAGGAAGGUAAGAGGGUCCCGAAUUAGCCAAGGUCCCGGCGGUGCCGGGGCGGGCUUUUUCAGUCUAGCGAAACUUUAAUGAAGAUACUUUUAUAAAACGACGAAAGUUAAGUCGGGAGCCGGACCGUGGACGUGCAGAAGUGUUUUGUAAAUAGCAGUAAUUGUCAACCGUAACCUGAGAAGAAGCUGUUUGUAAAUAUAGUGUUUUGUACCAGCAGCCGAGCCCAUUCCCGGGCGAGUAACUUUAGCGCAGAGGAAGGGCAACAGCAAACACGAAAAAAGUAGCGAAAGUAAUUUUUAAGUGUCGAGAGCAAGAAAACUAAAACUCGUUAAAUUAAGAGAUGGCAUAAAAAGCGAAACUGUUCCGUACUUCUAGUCAGUAGUAUUCAGAGACAGGCAAAAGCAGAGGACUUGAUUUUGUUGAAGCAUCUUUGUCGAUAAGCAUACACGAACGGAAAGUUUUCCUGUUUUUUUUUUUGUCGAACUGUUUUUUUCUGCAAACUGUUAGUUCUAUCUCUGAUAACGGCGUCCAAAGUUGAAUACGCCAUAGGUUUCCUCCGUAGCUGCUUUGUUAAACGACGAAUAUUUUUGUAUGAUAAGACUAUGUAUGAGAGUUGGAUUGAGAACGGUUGGAAAAUUGGAGUUCUUCAGCAAGGAGGCAAUAAUUUCGAGAGACAGUACUACAUUUGAAAAGUUACCAUCUCUUUUCCCCCGAAAGAAAAAAAAAAGCAGAAGACCGUACAUCACGAAAGCAAAUAUGUUUUCUAGCUAACACAAAAACAAGAAAAAAGCGAGAGACAAUCAUAACCUAUUACGGACAAAAAAAUAUACCGGAGAAGAACCCGAAAACAACUGGAAACGAACAGCAAAAUCAGAGAACAUUACUUAUACCCGGAACAUGUGUGUGCGAGCGGCGGAAAACGCGAAUCUUGAAUUUAUGAAGAAAAUGAGAAAAGUUUUAUGGAAGUAAGGAAUCGAUGUGGGCUACGAUUGGUCGCUGCUACACGACGACCGCGUCAGCACUUUUUAUAUUCUGGUCCUUCUUGUUUUACUGUGGAAAAUGUUGCCCUCAUAAUUUGGCCGAAACUUUGCAUUGCCAGCCAAAAUGAGUUUUUACGAGAGAAGGUGGAAUGUGGGGAAAGAAAACGGGUAUGAGCUCGGUGCUAUACUUACUGGUUUGAAAGAAAUGAACGAUCCGAAAACACAGAUAGGGGUAACAUAUCACAUGGGAAUUCGACCAGCAUGCCGAAAAGAGGAUCCCCAACGAGCGGGAGGACGGGUCAAUGAAAACACAGUCCAAUUAGGGGGUUUACAUUAGAAAUGUUCUUUUUCUUUCCAAUUUCGGAUGGUUGUUCAUACUUGUGCCACUUACUGCACUCAGGGGAGCCAUUUCAUCGGUAGAGGUGGUGUUCUAGAACUCGAAUAACAUGGUAUCUAUAUACAGUACACCCAAACCUCCAUUCAGGUAACGAGUCGGGACUGCCUAAAUAGAAUUUUUACCUAAAUGGAUUCAUUGCCUAAAUAGAUUCAGUAUAUUACCUAAAUGGAGUACAAGGUUGCAAAGAAGUUUAAAAAGGGAAUGUAAGUAGGAGAUUUAGGUGCCCCGCCAUUUGGCCGUAUGCCGUUUGACCGAAUGUCGUUUGGCCAAAAGGGUCACUAGGCCGAGUGCCGUUUGGCCGAAAUCUGAUCAAAAUAAUUGGAAAGCGUGGGCAAACUCUGGAUAACAUUCCAUAACCAGAGAUUUAAAGGAGGUCAUGCGGAUAUUUAGAGGAGGGGACAUGAAACACGAAAAACAUUGCAAAUUUCUGUCAGACUUAAAAAAGAUCGAAUGUCGGGUAAAAGUCGGGUCAAUUUUUAUCGUAUGUUGGGCCACUGUUGGACCAACAUCGAACAACUGUUAGUUCUAUUUUGGGUUUAGUGGUCAAAAUAAAAACAGGUGGAUGAUAGGUUUAUGUCGGAUUUGACGUCAUCAAUGAUGGUUGGUAAAAGCUUUAAACAAUGAAGUCCACAGUUGCCUAUCUUUCAGCUGGAAAUGUCGGUUGAUACUGACACUUCGCAACACUGCGGGAGGUGUUGGGGGCAUCUCUCAACACGGAACCACCACCCCCCAUUCCCCCCCCCCCAUUUUCCCCGUAUCACCACUCACUACUUCUUUCCCGUAAACCAACCUUAUACCUAAUCUUAAGUACUCCAGCUGUUCUGAACACAAUACAAUUCUAUUUAGGUAAUGUUACCUAAAUGGAGGGACCUAAAAAGAUUUUACCUAAAUGGAUUCUACCCAAAUGGAGCUUUCAGUGUACCAUAGUUGGGGUGAGAAUGGAUCAAAAAUGUUAACUUCCAUAACACUAGUUUACAGCAUUUUUGAACUCGGUAAGCUGAUGAUCGUUUUUGGUGUAGAAUCAUGCCCUGAGUUCGAAAACGCGAAAGAAAAAAAUUACAGUAGAGCGGAAAUUUUUUCGACUUUCCGUACAAGGUUGAUGAUUUGAAAUCGAUUUUUGUUCUAUUUUUAGGCAAAGUCGCUUACUUCAAACAUCUCAUUCUCCGUAAUCAAUGCUCCGAUUGAUCUGAAAUUUUUACUGUAACUCGCCUACAUAUGAUAUGUCAAAUAAACAUCGAGAAAGAAUUUUUAUUGUUUUUUUUUCUUAUUGAAAAAAAUACAUUUCUUCAAAAAUUUUUGAGAAUUUUGCUAAAAUUUAAGAAGAUCGUCCCGAAAACUCGCCAAUAUCAUGAAUUUCAUCAAUCUGACGCAAAACCUGUAUUCAGAUGAUCGACUGGUAUUGUAUUCAGCUUUUAAUUUAUGGAAAAAGAUUUAAAAUUGGUUGAACAAAACGCAAUAUAUUUGAAUUUUAGUAAAUUACAUAUUUUGAAAAGUUGCAAAACUCGAUAUUGAGCUAAAACUCAAAAACUGUUCUACUUCAAAUUUUUCGAAGGUCGGUUUCGAAAUCAGCACUAAAUUGUGCUUCAAAAAUUUUGGUCGUUGACAGAAGUUCACGAUUUUCGUUUUAUUUUGUAAACUUGUGUAAUCAUUGUUCAAUAACUUUUGAUUCUUUGCGUGAAGAAGUCUUUUGAUCACUGGAACGUGUUCUUUGGUAAUGCAUGCUCAAAUGAUGAACAAAUUAUCGGAGUUCGUCAGUUUUUCUUAAUAUUACAAGUGUAUGAAAAUUGACGCAUUCUCAUUCGAGGGGGUGAAAAUGGGUCAAGGGAACCGAAUUUGUUGCGCUUUGACAACAAAGCAAGUUUAAAAAAUUCAGGUCAAGGUUCAUGCCACUUAUUAAUAAUAUAUGAUAUGAUGGCUAUGAGUUUGAGAUUCUUAAAAGUAUCAAUCCACCUAAAAGUGUGAUGUUUCAUCGAGCCUUAGAAGUGGCAUUUUAAACGACCUCAAUUGACUAUAAAUAAAGUUGAUUAGGUUUCCAGCAUCCCUGAACGUUUAGGGUUCUCAGACUUUUUCGCCCGCGAACAGCUAGUGCAUUCAUGAAGUAUUUAACUUCUAUCAAUAUUCAUCACAUUUGCUUCGUUUGAUAUAACUCCUGUCAUACGUUUGUGUCACACAUUAUUCUCAAAAAACUUUUCAGCUUUUAAUAUCCACGCCUCGUGCCCACUAAGGGUCACUGGAAGAAUCAGCGCUUUGGAUUUGGACAAAAUGUAACUUUUUCAGCUCAAUGCACUGAUUUUCACGUGAACAUGUGCGUCGAUUUUAUCCCAAUUUCAGUGAUUUUGAGAGACCUCGCACAUGCCCCCAACUUCCUACGUCAUAAGUCGACGCUUUUGGUCAAGCCUGUUGUCUUCCUCUUAAAAAAACAUUGGAUCCUCCUCUACCUUACGAUCGAUAUUGAUGAGAUCAAUAAUGUCUGCAAAGCGGAGGUGCAUGUGCGUGCUGCGAUUUCCCUUAUAGGACACUUGCUGAAUUUGUUAACCUUUCAGGACGCGCGCCAAAUUUAGCCUAAAACUGCACCGCGCUUGCGCUGUAUACGACGAGUGAGGUUUUUUGGUAAGGUUGUACUUUUCACAACGGCGCGCGUCCUGAAAGGUUAAAUGUUCCCAACAGACCCAUUUGAUCUUGGUGGGAAACGUUUUGUAACAUGUUUGGUGUUACAAACUGUUUCCCUGCUAAAUCAAAUGGGUUUAUUGGGCACACUAUACAAAGCCAGCUAGUGCCCUAGCUAUUAGCAGUGUUCCUCGAACUAUCAGAUAAAAAGCAGACUUGUAUAGUCAGCCUAUCAUUGCGUACUCUGAUUUGCUCGCACCACAGUCGCUAACACCAGAAAAGCCUGAAUGUCACACAUGUCACUCAUCAUCCUCGUUUGAUGACCAUCACUACUGAUAUGCAGAAUAUUGUCAUGACUGUAACCUGCACCCCAUACUGCGGGAAGUGAGGCACGCAUAACGGCAUGCAAAACGAUGAGUAUGAAUUAGUACAAGUACGCACAAAGCAUAUCACGCAGUCCGACCUGUCAUCGGUAAACUCUCGCCCAAUUUGCCCGACUUGCACUCUCUCACAAUUCACUUGAAACACUUUCAGCAACUACCAACGCUGCAAUGAGGGUAAGGGUGAAAUCCACAAAAAGGGUGUCAUUUAAGUCGUGAUAAACAAGCUGGUUCGUACCACAUGGGAAAGGUGACAUCAGGAAUCAUAUCUUGCAGAUUAUUUCGUGAUGGUCACCACAAUUUACAACACUGCAUAUGAGUCCCAUUGGCCGAACGUCAUUUGGCCGAACGUCAUUUGGCCGAACGUCAUUUGGUCGAAUGCCGUUUGGCCGAAAUGUGAUCAAAAGAAUUCAGAAGAAGUUUUUGACAUUCCAACUGCCAAUGUGAUCAUCAGAAAUAUUUCCUUCUUUUCAUCAUUAGGCUAUUCUUUCUAGUUUUAACAUUCAGAGAUUAGUUAGCGUUGAAACUGCCUAUAUUUUAUCACAGAUUUUUUCUUCUUUGACUCAUAGGCUGCUCUUUCAAGUUAUACUAAGGCUGGGAACAGUGAUAUGAUCACUUAAGUACAUCAUGCAUUUUUUGGCCAAACGGCAUUCGGCCAAAUGACCCUUUCGGGCAAAUGGCAUUCGGCCAAACGGUGUCCGGCCGAACGGAAUUUUUCCAAAUGACCUGGAACCGUUGCAAUGAUAUAAAAGCUUCGAUCGAUAAUUUAGGCAUGUCAUCAUUAUCAAAUUUGAAAUAGCACUUUUAUUUUGAUUGGUUGAGAUCUCAGCUUUGAAAUUUGAGUCUUUUUAACAUUGCACAUACCAAACACUUUCUCACAUACUCAUGAAUCAAUUGUUAUUCUUUUUGAAUAACAAACUUUUAACAUUUCUGGUUCCAACUGGAAAUUCAAAUUUUAAAUCUUUGUGACAAUAACCGAUUUUCAGAAAACCUUUUUUUUCAAAUUUCUGGUGGCAAUUGGGAAUUUACCGAUAUCCUUUUUGCCUUUCUCGUACACUAAGUGUACUGGAAAGGCUAUAUGUUCACUCCAAAAAUGACUUUUUGAUAGAAGGCCCGGAGGGUCAAGUUAUAUAUACCAAUCGACUCUGCUCGACGAAUUGAUGUGAUGUCUGUGUGUAUGUAUGUGUGUAUGUGUGUGUGUGUGUGUAUGUGUGUAUGUGUGUGGACAAAAAACUCACAUCACUUUUUGGCAGUAAACCUCAACCGAUUUUAAUGACCGACGGUUCAUUCGACGCGUAAUCUGGUUCUAUUGUUUCCUAUUGAAAAUGGUUCGGAUCGGUCCAGCCGUUCCGGAGUUAUGGCCCUUUGGGUGUUCCGGACCGGUACCCCUGGAAGGGGCCAGACACGAAAAUGCAACAAACCCAUGCAUGCGACCCAUCAAACCACGGCAUUUUCGAUUAUCUGAUAAACGGUAAGCAGAAAAAUAGUCUAAAACCAUAUCUGAACCAGUAGUGUACCGGAACCGGUUCCGGAAGUCCCGCCGGAAGUGGUCAAAUAUAAAAGUGAACACAACCCAUUCAUGCGACACAUCAAACAGCGGCAUUUUCGGUAACCUGAUGUACGAUUAGCAGGAAAAUAGUAUCAGACAAUACCUGAACCGGUAGUGUUCCGGAACCAGUUCCGGAUGUCCUGCCGGAAGUGGCCAAAUAUUAUAGUGAAUCAAACUCAUACAUGCGACAUAUCAAUCAGUGGCAUUUGCGUUAACCUGAUGAACGGUUAGCAGGAAAACAGUUUUAGACCAUACCCAAACCGGUAGUGUUCUGGAACCGUUUCCGGAUGUCCUGACGGAAGUGGCCAAAUAUAAAAGUGAGCCAAACCCAUGCAUACAACACAUCAGAGUGCGGCUUUUUUGAUAACAUAAUGAAAAGUUAGCAAGAAACUAGUAUUUGACCAUAGCUGAACCGGUAAUGUUCCGGAACCGGUUCCGGCUGUCCCACCGGAAGUGGCCAAGUAUAAGAGUGAAUCAAACUCAUGCAUGCGACACAUCAAACGGCAUCAUUUUCGGUAACCUGAUGAACGGUUAGCAAGAACAUUGUCUCAGACCGAAUUUGGGACAACAGGUCCUGCCCGGGAACCGAUUUUGGGUGUCUCGUCUUAAAUGGUCAAAUAUAAAAGUGACCCGAACCUUUGCACCUAUGCAUGCGACACACCAACUCGCGGUUUUUUCAAUAACAUAAUUAACAGUUUGUCAGCAAAAAGUAUCGGACACAUAUUAGGGAGAACCGGUAGCGUUGAAGAACAGGUAACAAGUGCCCCGCCGGAAAAGGUAAAAUAUAGAAGUGAACCAAAAUCAUGCAUGGGGCCAUCCAUAUUAAGUACGUCAAAAUCCUAGGGGGUAGGGGGAGGGGGUUUUUAAAGUGUGACAAGCAAUGUAUUAAGUAUAGGAAAAACCCGUACGAAGGGGUCCAAAAUUCCAAUGCUCCCCAUGCAACACAUCAAUUCGUGGCUUUUAGGUAGCCAGUUGACAAGAAAAUAGCGAUAGACAAUAUCUGAGACAACCAGUAGUGUCAUGGAAUCGGUCCCAGGUGUCCACCGGAAGUGGUCAAACGUAAAAUUGAACCAAACCCAUGCGGCACAUCAAAUAGUGGAAUUAUGAAAGUGAACAAAACUAAUGUGAGCGAUAAAUCAAAUCGUGUCUGGGUACCGCCAGUCGAGGUGACAUUCGCUCAAAAUACUAACAUUUAUUAAAGUGAUUAUCAAAAAGUGAAUGGUAUUUAGUAAAUUUAACUUGCGUUGACCAUUCGCUGUAGAAAAAGUCAUAUUUUGUUGAUUUUCCAUUAAGAGAACGAGAUGUAAAUAUCAUGGCUAAGCGUACUGUUCAACAUCGUUUCUAGGUAGACGAUAAGGAAAUAUUACUUUCGUGUUUUGAGAAUGCUUGUUGGAGUUAUAUCUAAGGUAUAGCGGAUGUUUUGAAAUGGGUCAUUGAUCGUUUACACUUGAUGUUACUUUAACGUGACUAGACACUAAUAGGUUGUGCGCAAGCAUCUAUAUAUUCAAUAGUUCUGAUUUGCAAGCGAUAUUUUCUCACAUUGAACUAUUUUGUUUGACUUUCAUUGUUUUUCGAUUUCUUCGAACGAAGUCCGAACAAAAUAACUGUUGUUCAUACAAUUUGACUAUAUACAAAUCACCAUGGUGCUAAUGUUUUGGCAGCUCUUCGUACUCGUUUAUGUUCAUUAUCAAAAAUGCAAUAUUUUUCCAUCAGCAACUACUCAGUAUCGUAACAAGAUACAAAAUCAAUAUUUUCAAAUUAUUUAAUAGUUAUUUAUGCAACGAGUUGCAAAAUGAUGAUUUUUACAGCACGAGUCGUACAUUUAUCCAACGAGGCUUGCCGAGCUGGAUAAAUAUGACGAGUGCUGUAAAAAUCGAGUUUUGCAACGAGAUGCUUAUCAGCACCAACAUUUCAAAAGGGCGUAAUUGGUUUUGCAACCAAUGCCUUCUCACAGAGCUGUGGGUCGUACUUCAUUCAUCUCACACAAUUCACAUCCAUUAAUCGAAAGAGGAGGAUUUCAUCUUUCGAUUAUUGGAUGUGAAUUGCGUGAGAUGAAUCGUAUUUCACCCACAUCUCUGUGAGAAGGCAUUGGUUGCAAAAGCAGUUACGCCCUUUUGAAAUGUUGGUGCCGAUAUACAACAUUUUUUGCAAUGAGAAAAAAUAAUAAAUAAUUGUAACAAGAUCAUUAGAUACAUGUUCAAAUAUUGAGUUUCUGUCAGCUUUUCCCAAAACUGGACCUCUAUGCGGUGUUAAUAUAAAGUAGGAUAGAUCAACUUAUUAUGGGAAAAUUAUAAUUUGUCGCAUCAACACUGAAUAAAGUUUUUCCAAUCUCCUUUUGCGUCUAAAAUUACUGUGCACAAUUUGGGUGCGGCUGGUUGAGCCCUCGUUCUUCUCAUUGCAAUUUAAUAUUGAAUGGAAAAUUUCCCUUUUCUGCAUUUUUUUUCAUGUGGUCGAAUUUUACAUGAAUCGUAUUAAGCGUAUAAGUAUUCUCAGGAUCGGCAAACGUCGACGGAAAGAUCAUGAAUACAUAUUCGACGAGAAAGGCGCUACCACCACUAAGUGGAUUAAUCUGGGUUUUUUAAUUUUUUAUGGUGAUACCCAAUUUUCAGAAUAUGUUUUCAGAAUCUCUGACCAAAUUCAUUAUUAAUUUAAUGGUUCUAAAAUAAUAGUUAUUCAGAAUAUGCUGUCAACAAUUCUAGUGCGAACUAGGAGUUCCUAUGGUUUUGGAGAAUAUGGGUGUUAACAUUCGAUUUUUAGAAUAAAUUUAAAAAAAAAUUACCUGUCAUAUCUCCGAAACCAGUGAACCGAAACGAAUGAAAUUUCGAACGUUUAUGAACAUUAUGUAAAUGCUUCCAAUGUCUUCAUAUGGGCUCUUUAUAUAUCAUACUGAAGAUAUCUUGAGAACAAAAGUAGAAAAUCUUUCGAUAUCACAACGAGUUCCAUUGAAAAUUUGUUAAGGAAUUUCAUUGAUAAUUUCUCCAUAUUUUUUUUUUGACUUGUACAGGACUUUUUUACUGAGAUUCCUUGCUAUUUUCUCAGCUCAGAAGCAUGCAAUCUAGAACAGAUGUAUGGACGACUUUUGCCUUGUGGUAUUGUCUAAAAGUUUGCCAAAUAGAGUAAAGGUCACACACGCAUAUCAAAGUCGUGACAGAGCUGUGCAAGCGACUCUCCACGAGGUGAGUAUAAUUUACAUUUGCUCCCUCACGACUUCGGUAUGCGUGUGCGACCCUUACUCUGUUCGGCAAACUUUUAGACAAAACCAUGAGGCAAAAGUCGUCCGUACACCGUCUCUUGAUAGCACGCUUCUGAGCCGAGAAAACAGCAAGUGAGUGAAACUAUUUGCAAUUGAGUGUUCCCAUCCUUGCUCCAGAAACAUCUUUUGAACUUUCUCUAGGAGUUUCUGCCAAAUUGAUUUCAGGAAUUCGAUUAUAAAUUCCAUCAAGAAAUGUUUUAGUUAUUCUAACAGGAGUUUCUACGGCUAUUUCUCCUACAGUUACCUAGAGAACUCCUUAACAAAAUCCAUCUUAAGUUUCAACAUUUCUUCGACAAGAGUUUCAUAAAAAAAGUCCUCCAUCAACCCAUUCGGCGUUCUUUCAGGAAUCAUGUUUCGAUUGAAAUGGUGGGAGUGUUGGCACCCACCAUUUCAAUCGAAGUGCUAGGGUCCAGUGAAGCAAGUUUGGUGCAAUACUAAAAGCAACAUUCCGCCUUGUGAUCACAUGAACAUGAAAAUCAACGCCUUUCUGUGACUGAAAAUCGAAAAAUACCAAAUUUUUCUGGAUGUUUAUUCGGAAGUUCUUAUAGGAGCUUCCGCCGAAGAUACUUCGUAGCCUACUUCAAGAGUUCUUUCGAUAAUUUCGCCAGGAUAUCAUUUGGGAAACUCUGCACAAACUUCUCCAAAGGUGUCAACAACGCUUUCUACAGGAAUUACUUCGGAAGUUUUUUGGGGAAUUUCUGCAAAAGUUCCUUCAGUUAUUGCUCCAGGAGGCAAUUCGAUAGAAAUUCUUUAGCAUUUUUUUUUCUGGACAUGUUCCAGAAAGAUCUAAUGGAUUUUUCCCAGGUAUUUUUUUAAGUUUCUCUGGGAGUUUGUUAAAACAUCCUGCACGAUUUUCUUUGCUUCAAAGAUGUCUCUUCAAAAUUUUCGAAAGAAUGGUUUUUUUGAAAACUUUUUGAAAACUUUUUUCGGCAGUUCUACCGGGAAUUCCAACAAGAGUCCCUCCAACAGUUUUUUCGUCAAUACCUUCUUGAUUCCAUUUGAUUUUUUUUAAACUUGCUUCGACAGUUCCUGCAGGAUCUCCAACGGUUUUUUUUUUCGAAGUUUCUUCGGAAAUUCUUCCAUAAUAACGCUCCAGCAAAUAGUUCUGAAAUUCCGUUAGAAACUUUUCAGGAAUUUUUUUCAAAUUCUGCAGUAGUAAAUUUGAACACUCUUCGAAGAGAUUUCUUGGAAUUUGUGAAUUUAUCCAGAAGCUUUUUCGAAAGUUCAUUCCAAAAUGUCUACGAGAAUACCUAAAGUUCUUUUUUCGGCACUUCCUCCUAGAGAAAUCAUCCUGGAAUUUUAACAUUCAGAUAAUCAUUCAGUUUUUUCGAUUUCCUUUAAAAACGCUUUAUGGAUUUCCACAGAGAAUUCCUUUUGAAAUUCUCCAGGUGUUGUUUAAAAUAGUUCUCGUGAAGCUCUAGCGGAAUUUUCUUCAGGAGUUUCUAUGAAAAUGAUCUUGAAGUUCUUUCAGAAAUUGCUCCAUGGGCCCCAGGAAUAUCCUCAGUCCCUCGGAAAUUUCUCAAAGAUUUCAGAAGCAGUUUCUGCUCAAAAUUUUCCAGAAUUUCCAACGGAAUUUUCUACAGGAAUUCUUUUAGAAAUUAUUCCAGGAAACAUUAAAUUAAUCAUCCAGAAAUUCCCGCGGUAGUUUUUACAAAAGUUCCUUCGGGAGUUGUUUCAGGAGUUCCUUGGAUAGUUUUUCCAAAAAUUCAGAAAAUUCUGGUGCAGUUUAUUCGGUCAUUACUUGAUGAGUUCCUUCCGCUUUUUUUCAGGUGUUUUGAUAAAAAAAAAUCCACCAGGAUCUCCUACAGGAAUUUCAGCCGAUGCGCCUUCGGAAGUUCCCCCAGAAGUCAGAUUGGAAAUUUUCGCUGAAAAUCCAGAAGUUUUUGAGGUGGUGUUCUUCCGGAAUUUUCUUCUGGUUAGCCAACAAGAGAAUACUCAUGAAAUUUUUCAAAAAGUUAUCGUGCAAUUUCCUUCUAGGAGUGUUUCAUAAAGAUACUCACUCAGAAGUUGCUUCAAUUAUUUUCCCAGAAAUAUCUUCGGAAAUUCUUCCAUAAGUGAAUCUGAAAACGCUUCCAAAAGUGAGUACGUGAAUACUGAAAUUCCUACUUCUUGUAAGAUCUGAGUAAUCCAUACCAAAAUAUGUCUGAAGUUUGUAUUGGAGUUCUUUCCGUAGCUUCUACAGAAAUUAUGUUGGAAUUACCGUCUCAAGUGAGUCAGAUAUUGCUCCAGAAGUUUGCUAGGGAAUGCCUCCAGCAAUAUUUUCUGGAAUUCCAUAGAAUUUCUAAAAAAUAUGUCUGGGAUUUCUAAAGGAAUUUCAUCAAAAAUUUGGAAAACGUUAUUCCAGAUUCCUACUGCGACUCUCUCAAAUAAUAGCUGUGGGCUGCCUGUGGGUCGCCUCUGGAAAUUUCACCCCAAAACACGAUUUCCAUGUAGGAGAUUUUCAUAUUUUUGCUUUUCUCGUACACCAAAAUGUACUGAAAGGCUAUAUUGGUCGGCGUUAAGUCAGAGAGGACCAUGUGUCUUUUACUUAAUUUAAAAAAAAACAACUUUAAAGUUUGCAACUCUAUAAGUUUUGAGUUUGUCAACAAAUGUUCUUGAAUUUUUUCCAUAAAUGUUAAUAACUAUUCAUCAUAGUAUCGCUCUGUAUUGAUCGCGAAAAAACGUAAAAUAAAGCUUGAAACCGAGAAAUUGCUAAGUAGUUGAUUGUACUUAGUCCAAUCUGACUGAACGGUUUUUUGGAAAAUCUUCAACCAACUACAGUUCACACUCAAGUUUUUACAUAUUUGAUGAGAAAAUAAUGCACAAGUAGGACAACAGUUAAUAGAAGUGGUGUAUAAUGUGAGCAGGAAGUUUGGAAUUUGAUAUUUCUGUUAUUACACUGUUGAUUACCAUUUUCAAUUUUUAUGUUCAGUCAGAGUGGACCAAGUACAACAGUUUAAUAUCACAUGAAGGGUAGUCAAUUAAUGAGCUAUUUAAGAAUUCCUAACUUGAACAUUUAAUAGCUAACAACUUUUGAAUGCAUUUCUACAGUUCGGUACGUUUUUGAAAUAUUGUUGUUACAGAGUUCAUAAUAAUUUAUUCAAAGGACUGACAUUUUUCAAAAAUUCGUUCAGACAGAGUGAACCAAGUACACAAUUCAUAAAUAAUCAAUAAAAUAAAUUUCUUCAUGAAACGGGUAUUGGUACAUUUCAAUAUGAUGCCCAACAGCUACUUAACAAACAUAUAUUGAUUUACAAAGGAUUACGAAGAAUAGGUAAUUUCAACUAUUUUUCUUAGAGACACAUGGUCCACUCUGUCUGCACGCGAAAUGCCACAAUAUGCUUCAACACGAUGAUCUGUAAAAUACGACAUUGACCAUAUCACGUGCUUUCUUGAUCAAUAAUCAUUAGAAAAUGCUUUAGGGAGUCAUACGAUUUGGAAACGUAUCACAUUUUGAUGAUAAACUAUUUUAUUUAUUGGAUUUUAACCAAUACAUAUUUUUUCAAUUCUCUUGACAUCAAGCAAAUGGUCCACUCUGACUGCACACUAUUAUCGGUUUUUGCAGUUCAAUCAAAAGAAAAUUGUGCUAUAACUCUCGUUAAUUGUAACAUUAAGAAAAUUGGGUGAAUGAUCCAAGUAGCUUAAGUAAUUCCUAAUCAAAUGCCCUUAAAAUCUAAUUUUCGGCAAUUUUGUUACUUGGUCCCCUCUGACUUAACGCCGACCAUAUGAUCACUCCAGAAAAGAUUUUUUUUUUUAAAGUUGGUCAAGUCACAUAUACCAAUCAACUCAGUUCGACGAAUUGUGACGACGUCUGUGUGAAUGUAUGUGUGUGUGUAUGUAUGUCUGUGCAGAAAAAAGGUCGCUCACUUUUAAGGCACUUUCUAUUGGCUGAUUUUUCGGAUUGUCAACGGACUAUUAAAAUAGUCCGGAUCGGUCAAGGCGUUCCGGAGUUAUGGCCAAAUUCAAUUUGGUGGCUGUUUAAUAUAAACUUAGGCUAUCUGGUAUGGGGAAGUAGUGUGGAGCCAAAAAUGGCAACCAGAAUUUCCAAGAUGGCGGACCUCAAUUCAAAAUGGCUGCUCAAAAUUCAAGAUUGCGGUUUUCUAAGAGGUUAGGCUCAAACAUCAAGAGUCAGAUAAAUGAUAUGAUAUUGGUGCCAUGAAAUGUAUUAUUGUUAAAUAUCUGAAGGUGCAAUAUUUAUCAACAUGUCAUUUGAGGUAUGUCGAAAUGUUUUUUCUAAGGCACUAGAAAGCCACCAUCACCACUAGGUGGAUUCAUUAGGGUUUUGUUUUUGUUUUCCAUAAAUUUCCUUAUGUACCAGUUAUUUAUUUGAAAAUUCUUCUUGAAUUGUUUGAGAAAUUCCUUCAUUAUUGUCUCCAGGUUCUUCCGGAAUUUUUGCAUAAGUUUCGAUUCGGAUUCCCCCAAAAAAAAUUACGAGAAGAAAGUUUUUUUUUAGUUCUUUUUCGAUUUUUUUCAAUAUUUUCUCAUUAUUCCAGAACUUUGUUGUGAUAUGCUUUCAGCAGCUUCGGUCAUAAUUUCUUCUUGAUUUUUUUUUCCAUGAAUUGAUCCAAGAACACCUCCAGAUAGAUAUUACUCCAGAGAUUCUUUUGAGAUUUUCUGGGUUUUUUUCUUUCGGGAACUACGAAUAAUGAUUACUUUAAGAGAUUUUUUUAAAAUUAUUUACUGGUUCCAAGGUUUUCCUAAAUUUAUUAAUUCCACCAGGAAUUAUCUCAGAAAUACUUCAAGGAUUCAGAGUUUAAUGAUUCUUUCGGAAUAUAAAUGGAGCGUCAUGCAGUUUUGUUUUUCCGAGCACAUUUAGUUGGUAUCUUGGAAUAGAUAGCUACAAGUUGCGCAUUUUAUUAACAUAGGUCUCCGUCAAAACUUCAUAAGAAAUUCGGGAUUAUUUUAGUAACAACGAUAUCCUUACUUCCAUACGGCUGUUACUUGAACAUCAUCUCUUCCGUGGCCUCCGAACUGAGGACUCCAUUCAUCGAACAGCGAACGUAUAAGAAAGCACACAUUUUAGCUUACAACCCCCCUGCUAUUAUGGGACUGCGCCAGAGAGGUCAUUAAAUAAAGCAUAUGCACCCCAAGAAAAUUGAUAGCCCGUUGCUAGGUUGAAAUGGUGAAUGGCAAACGAAGCUAGUGGAAAGCGAGAAAAACAGAUCUAUAAAACUUUAUUUUACCUAUAUAUUUUUUACCGAACGCUAAAAUACGAAACCAGUAGGAUCGCAUUUACCCGAACUGCACGCAACGUUGUAAAACUGAGAAAAAUGAAGGUUGAACGAGACAAAAAUAGAAUGGAAAAAACCAGAGAAAUAUAUGCAAAUGUGAUAUCGUAAAUGAAAACUAAACAAAUGACUUAGAGUUGUAAGUGGAUGUAAAUACGUUUAUAGGGAACUAUGCUGUAGGAAAGGGGUUUGGAGAAAUCCAUCAAACAUAUAAACACCCACGUGUCACGUACUUUUGUUACCUAAGACCCAUCUGGGCGAAAAACAUGUGUAAUACAUUAGCGAGUAGAACAAGCGAAACCAAUCGUGUCGUGUUUUUAGAAGAGAAAAACUUUGUUUCAAAUCUGGCUAUCAACUGUUUUUGCGGUUUCAAAACGAACCCCCUUCAUGAUUUCAUGCUCACGCUCUACUUCUCCACCGCCACGGAAUUUCCCUAUCAAAAAGAACAACUAUCCACUCACCGUUUAAACCGAAAUGCCGAGAAUCACUUCUUUUGAAACUCAUCCGGUACUCAUGCUCGAAUUGCUAGGCAAACACUCUAAUUCCGUCAGCAGCUAUGAUAACAGACUCGAAGCGUGAUAGACCAUCAGAAAUCGUAGAGCAAACUUUCGUUUCCCGUCGAGAGGCAACCCGAGUUGAAGAGAACGUUGGAAGAUUAUCAGAUGGGUGUAAAUAACUAGUGAGAUUUCAUGUCUGUAGGUUUUUAAAACGAUGCUUGAAAAUAGAUUUUUUUUUCAGUAGAGAUGAAAAUCAGAUUCUGUUCUUUUUUAGGACAAACAUUCAACUCGGGUCUAUUUCGCACUAUCCUCUGAAGAUUCCUACCUCUUUCAGUGUCUCAUGAGUAAAAAAAAACACAUAGCUAGAGCAUAACAGAUGAAAAUUCCUUCCAUCCAAACCGAUAAAAAGGCUCCACGAAGUGUUUCGCGCCUUUUUAGCAAAGACAUAAGCAUAAAAUAAAUAAAGCAAACUACCAAGGCAUAGGACAAAAAAUCUGAAGAAUUAAAUAGAGGAAAUACACACCACUACUCGUACCAAAAAAUAGGAGAAGAGAGAUAAAUACAGAACAUUAUACUAAAAUACCACGAGCACAAUAGAGAGCAAUGGAAUAUUAGAUGAAAAGACCAAAAACUCACAACCAACUUGGAAAAAAAGAAAAGAAAAAUCAAACAAAGAAAAAAACAGCGCUAAAUAGAACUAAACCACCACCAUCAACAGCACAAGCAAGCUCGAGAAAACCCGGUUGAAAAUCCUGCUUUUGUGAUGCACCCCGUACAGAUUCCAUUUUUUUUUCGCCGAGAAUCAAAAGCAUUCAUUUGAAUUUUAACUGGCAGCAUCGGACUGCACACUGGACGGGGAAAAUUAAAUUAUAUUCAAAUGAGACAGUGCGAAUUAAAGCCAAACAUCCCCACAUGCCCGACCGCACGACGGAACUUUUUGCAUGGGAAAAUCGAGAAAAAAAAACAACAAACAUAACUUUCUAGCUCUGAGAGAAGGUCACCAGCAGCGAGCGAAAAUGCUGAGCAUAGUUUCACUUGCGAGAAUUCGUUCUGUGGUAGUGGGUUUAUUCCUUUCGUUUCGACUAAACACGAAAAAAGCGGUGGCAAAAUUAACAUAAAAAAUUGCACUCUAGCCAAAGUCUGAUAGCGGAAAAAUGUGACAUUUGGAACAAUGUUUUAGUCCCAGAGAGAGAAAAAAAUUAAUAAAAAAAAACGAAAAAAAAACAGUAGAGAAUAAAAAACGUUACCGAACCCUAAAAAGGUAAAAGACGGAAAGCAUCCACUCGAGUAAAAGUAGAUCAUAUACACAGAAAAAAAAAAACGACUAACACGCAAACCAAUUCGGGCAACCGAAGUAAGCACAGUAGCAAAGCGGGAUAAUGAGUACUUCGAAUGAGUGCGUUCGGUGGUUGAGGUGUUGAGGAGAUAGAGGAAGGUUAUUAUCGAAUAGCGAAACAGACUUGGAAGAGAAGGGAAGGAAGUAGAAGAGACAUAGUGGCAGAAAAUUAUCGAUCACAAGACUUGAAGGGAAUGAGAGCUACUGGAGUGAGAGAGAUACAGAGAAAAAGAGAAAACAUGAAAGAAGUAAGUAAUUCUAUAAAGUUAUUGUAAAACAAAACAAAAAAACGUUGUAAAAUUGAAACACUGAAUGAAAACAAGUGGAAAAAGCAAUACGAAAGUAAAAUAAAUUUAGAUAUUAAAACUGA